GAGCGUUUGUCGACGAAGAAACCAGGAAAUGUAAACAGACCACCACUGUGGCUCAAUGAACGGACUUUAGCAUUUCCCCCUUAUUUUCCUGCAAAAAAAAAUCACAUUUUCUGCACUCGGAACAUGGAAACGUGGAGUCUCGUGUCCAUCUGUGUUUUGCUCUGUGUGACUGUGAGAUGGGGCGUUUCGUUAAAUUCGUAUUCAGGGGCGGGAAAACCACCCAUGUUCGGCGACUAUGAAGCCCAGCGACACUGGCAAGAAGUGACCUACAACCUCCCUGUUCAGGAGUGGUACUUCAACACUACUGACAAUGACUUGAACUACUGGGGUCUUGACUACCCUCCUCUCACUGCCUACCACAGUCUGCUCUGCGCUCAUAUAGCCAAGCUGAUAAAUCCUGAAUGGGUGGAACUGCACAAAUCUAGAGGAUAUGAAAGUUCAGCGCACAAGUUAUUCAUGAGAGCAACAGUCCUGGUUGCAGAUUUGUUGAUAUACAUCCCUGCUGCCGUUUUGUACUGUUUCUAUCUAAGUGAUGGAUCCUCUAAGAAGAAGGUUUGCACUCUCCUCUGCUUCCUGCUCUACCCAGGGCUAAUUCUCAUUGACUAUGGGCAUUUCCAGUACAAUGGAGUGAGCCUGGGCUUGGCCUUGUGGGGGGUUCUGGCUCUGGGUCUGGGCUGGGAUGCGCUGGGCUCCAUGGCCUUUUCCCUGGCUCUCAACUAUAAACAGAUGGAGCUCUACCAUGCCCUGCCCUUCUUCUGCUACCUGCUGGGCAAGUCUGUCAAACAGGGUCUGAUGGGGCGAGGGCUGUUCCUGCUGGUGAAGAUCGCUGUAACAGUGGUGGUGACUUUUGCCCUCUGCUGGCUGCCCUUCUUGUCCGACCCCAGUCAGGCCUUGCAGGUUGUCAGGAGGAUCUUUCCCGUGGCUCGGGGUCUGUUUGAGGAUAAGGUGGCCAACACAUGGUGCAGCUUGAACGUCCUGAUAAAGAUCAGAAGCGUCCUGUCCGCUGAUUCCCAGCUCUACCUCAGUUUUGCCUGCACUCUGCUAGCCGUCCUACCUUCAUCCAUCAGGCUUCUGACUAAGCCCACCUUCUGGCAGUUCAAACUGGCCUUGGUGAAUUCGUCUCUGGCAUUUUUCCUCUUCUCCUACCAAGUCCACGAGAAGUCCAUCCUCUUGGCUUCCCUGCCAGUUUGCCUCCUGCUGAAUGACCUGCCCCUGAUGGCUAUUUGGUUCCUACAGGCCUCUACAUUUAGCAUGAUGCCUCUGUUUCUGAAGGAUGGUCUGCUGGUGCCCUAUGUGGUGACCUCCCUGGCCUUUCUCCUCCUCAGCACAUACCUGUUCUCCGCUCUGGAGCACAGCUCAGAGGACGAGCUGAGGCUGGGAGGCUACCGCAAGCUCUUUUUCUGCCUACCCAGUCUGGACCUGGCCUGUAUAGUAAGAUGGAAGUUCUACAUCAGCAUCGUAGCCAUGGCUGCUUUGACCUUCACUACCGUGGCGAUGGCCCCUCCACCUCGACUCCCAGAUUUUUUCCCAGUGUUGGUGUCUGUCUUUGCUUUCCUUCACUUCUUGGGAACUUUAAUCUACUUCAACAUCGUCCAAUUCAGCAGCCCACCCAGCAGAAAGAGUCAGAAAAAGAAUAAUUGAAGUGGUGCCAAAGGUGGGGAUGUACACUUUAAGAUGACUUGCACUACCUUUAGUCCAGAUAAGACAAUGUUACCAGUUGUGGCAUGUCUGAUCUUAAUUUGUGAGGUUGCAGGUUUCAGUCAUGCUACUGUGUCGCCCAGGUGAAUUAACACAAAUGCCUAAUACGAGGGACGCAAAAUGAGUACUUGAAAAUGACACUUCAGAGGUGCUGCGACAUUAAGUUAAAGGAAAUUCCAGUACUAGUUCAGCCCACAGAUGUUCAGAGGUCAGAGUGCUUGUUGCCUCCCUUCAAGGAACCAGUUUUCAGCAAAUGAGUAGAAAAAAAAAAAUAAAGAGUUGCUGUGGCCAGACACUAGUUAAAGAAUGUUCAGUUUUCUAACCUUAAAUCUGGACAUCUUAUAGUGUACAUCAACUGUUAUUCAGCAAACCAGGACCAAUGCAGUGGGACUUGGUAACACACAACAAUAACGGUUCCUCAUUCUGUAUUCAUGUGAACUUUUUAAAAAGUUUUCUAUAUUUUGUACAUCGUUAAAAUUAUUUUGUACUGUUUUGUUUUUAAAUAAAAUUUCUUUGAUGACAUGAAAAUGAA